UAUGUGAGCCAACAAGAUUGGCAUGUGGCGGAGAUGACAGUGAGGCAGACUCUCGAGUUUGCUGGUCGUUGUCAAGGUGUUGGAUUCAAAUAUGAUAUGCUUUUGGAGUUAGCAAGAAGGGAAAAGCUUGCAGGAAUUGUACCUGAUGAAGAUCUUGAUAUAUUUAUGAAGUCUUUAGCUCUAGGAGGACAGGAGACAAGUCUCGUUGUGGAGUAUGUUAUGAAGAUUCUAGGGUUGGACACAUGCGCGGACACAUUGGUCGGAGAUGAGAUGAUUAAAGGAAUUUCAGGAGGUCAGAAGAAACGGCUCACAACAGUGUCAUUUCUUUACUCCAACCGUCUCCUGAGACUUACGAGUUGUUUGAUGACGUUAUCCUUAUGUCUGAAGGACAGAUUAUAUACCAGGGCCCUCGUGACGAGGUUCUUGAUUUCUUUUCAUCCUUGGGUUUUAGUUGCCCUGAGAGAAAAAAUGUUGCAGAUUUCUUGCAAGAGGUCACUUCAAAGAAAGACCAGCAGCAGUACUGGUCAGUUCCUUUCCGGCCUUAUCGCUACGUACCUCCUGGAAAGUUUGCUGAAGCUUUUCGUUCGUAUUCCACUGGCAAGAAGUUGGCAAAGAAACUUGAGGUUCCAUUUGAUAAACGGUUCAAUCAUUCAGCCGCGUUAUCGACAUCUCAGUACGGUGUUAAGAAGGGUGAACUUCUCAAGAUCAACUUUUCCUGGCAGAAGCAACUUAUGAAGCAAAAUGCAUUUAUUUAUGUGUUCAAGUUUGUUCAGCUUCUUAUAGUUGCCUUGAUCACAAUGACUGUCUUUUGCCGCACAACAAUGCACCACAAGACUAUUGAUGAUGGCAACAUAUAUCUUGGGUCGCUUUACUUUUCCAUGGUUAUCAUUCUCUUUAAUGGAUUCACCGAGGUUCCAAUGCUAGUAGCCAAGCUUCCUGUUCUUUAUAAGCACAGAGACUUACAUUUUUACCCAAGCUGGGCUUAUACAUUACCUUCCUGGCUUUUGAGUAUCCCUACUUCAAUAAUAGAAUC